AUGGAGCAAACAAUAAAUUUUCUAACCCCGCAUUCAAGCUUUGGCAGAGACAGGAUAGCCUUGUCCGCAAUGCUAUCAUUGCCUCAGUCGAUUCUACAAUCGCUUCAAACUACUUAUGCCAACAAAUCCCGGUCACUUAUCUUCAGCCUGCGUGACACUCUUGCUAAUCUCAAACGAGAUUCACGCUCCAUUAGUGAGUACAUGAAGGAUAUUAAAUCCAUUUCGAAUGUUUUUGCAUCCAGUGGCUCACCUCUCUCAAAUGAGGAACUUUUCAUCAAAAUGCUAAGUGGUCUAGGAUCUGAGUACAAAGAACUAUAUGCUGCUAUAAGGACUCGAGAUAACCCAAUAUCGUUUGAAGAGCUCUAUGACAAAUUGCUUGCGCAUGAGAUAUUUAUUAAACACUCGGAGCCAAAGCUUGAAAACCCAAUCAUCACUUCUCAGUUUCAUCAAAAAUCAAUCAACCCACACUCAAAAUCCAGGAACUCUAAUCCAAGCAACAACAGCAAGGGGCCCAUGCAAAACACAUCAACCAACCAACACACCAACUCCUUCCAGAAUUCCAACUCUUUCCACCCCAACAACCGUAGCAACCAGCAGAGAGUCUAA